AUGUUUCAAUGCGCACAGAUGGUAAUCGCUUUUGUCGUUGGACUGACCAACUUGUACUGGUACUUUGCAAACAUACUGAUCACCGUGGACAUUGAGGGACGGGUGGUGCGCUACGCCAGCGGAAUUCCUGCGUUCAGAAGUUCUUCGUAUAUCGAUCCUCCAAAAUUUCUAUAUCGAUUCCGCACUUUCAGCACAGGGGCCACCUUCUACACACUCUACUGGGCAUUAUUUGGACAGUCUUCAAACAACGUAACAACAAUUGAUACGGAUCUAGCGAAAGACUAUCCGGGACAUCAGUCGCUAGCUGUCGAUAGCAGUCCUUUUAUGAUCAACAGCCUGGGGAGCAUACUUUACGCCAUUUACAACGCAUGCAUGACCAUUAUUCUUUUGAACAUGCUGAUUGCAAUGAUGAGUAAAUCUUUUGAUGAAAUUCAGGGUGACCGGUUAGAAGAAUGGAAAUUCGCCCGCGCCAGUCUGUGGAUGGUAUAUAUCGACCAAGAGGGAGUACUUCCACCACCGCUCAAUUUACUCCCCUCUCGUGAGGCUCUCUCUUCUUCUGUAGGGAGAUUCCGCGCGUCACUGAAACGCAACCCAACCCACGACAGUCCAGGCCACGGUCCAAGAGACCGGCAUAAAGGUGGUGGAAUUAAUUUACGCAGUACUGUUUGGAAAAAUCAGUACUUGAACACGAAAAAUGAAUUAUCCGACGACCUUCCGCCGGGCAACCUGAAGAAGACAAUCACGACGACAACCGUUAGCACAGGAUUAGACUGUUCACCAGUACACUCAGACAGCUGGGAUUCUCAAGAUGAGGGGGAAGAUGGGGAUGGUGGGCCGAAGAAAGCCAUUGGAAAUCUCAAGGAGUUUACGGAUACAAUGAGAGCAAACGUAUUGCGUCGGUAUUUGUUCAAAUUGCAAAAGCAGAAAGAAGCAGAAUCAAAAGCCGGAGAAUUGUCGCUCAUGAACUAUCAACGACAACAAAAUCAAAAAGCCAUGGAUGCUAUGCAGGGAGAUAUGUCACGCCGCGAUAGCAAAGGCGGUCACCGCGGGUCAGAUGCCGGGUCUACACACUCCCGUGGUUCCGCCGAAGAAACGCAGGCCGCUGAUGGCAAUCGGUUGCGGGGACUGAGCAGCCUACUCAUGCCACCGUCUGUUCGACGGAAACUGGAAGCGGUAGCUGUAGCGAGUGGCACGGAGAGCGACCGUGAUGGAAGAGCAGCCGCUGAAGCUGUAGCUAGAUAUUAUCUUCUAGAAACGACCAGGAAGGAUAAGACCGGAACAGGUCCACCCAUAACUCAGAGGAAAAGAUCCAGCGCGGGUUCGUGGAACGCAAACUCGGAGGAUAUGUUCACAGCACGAACAGAGCGGCCUCUUAAAGGAGCUCAUCUGCGUGAAUUAUACAGAGUUGAACAGGAAAUGCAUGACAUGUCUGAUGCUCUCUCGUCUCACUCCAUCUCUGAGGCAACCAUAUCGGAAAUCAACGAACUUGAACGUAUCUGA